CAUUAAUGAAGAUUAUCUUUUUUUUUUGCUGCAAAUCUCGGCAUUGAGUCUUCUCAAAAACAAUAGCUUUAUUAAAGAAAGUGUGCAGGUGUCCAGUGCAAUCGAAUGUUAAGUAAGGUAUCUAGUUUUUGUUGUUUUACUAUUAUGUAUUCCUAGUACGCGACCUGUCUUGGAUCCUCAGACCUUACAAAAGGCCAGCUAUUCCGAAGUAGAGGAUUCGAGCCCAGAGCUCAAUUGAUCGCAUCGGUGGUCGAACAAACGUUACCGUAAUGUCUAAUAGCCGCGUUCAAACAGCUUUAUCACGACUUGCUGUUAAAGUUCUUCGAACCGAAAAAGAUAACCCAGAAAAAUCGUCAUUUGAACGGGUAUUUAAGCAUUUUCAAGAAAUAACUGAAUGUACCUAUGAUAAAUACAGUAUUCUUGAUUUUGAUGAACUAAUAGCCUUAAUUUAUCAAUCAGUACAGAGAAAUGGAUACUCUUCAGAGAUAUUAGUUCGUCUCUCAAACCUAUUCAGCAGACUUCGUACCCAGUCUGUGAUUAAGCAAAAAUCAGCGGUAUUGUAUAUGUUGAGCCUUCUUUCUCCAUUAAUAUCAAAGUCGAAAAGUACUGCACCUGUGCAUAAGAUACCUCGUCAAAACAACUUGGUGAACGCCCCUAUUUCGGUGUCUCCUAGGAUUGGCAAAACUACUCUUGCUACGAAUGCAACAGAGCGGCAAAUUCUAUCAUGUGUUCCAUUUAUGCUUCAGGGGAUUAGUACGACGUUUGUAACAUUUACAAAUCAAGAAGCACAAUUAUCAAAAAACAUCCCCCUUUCUUUUGUUGAAGCGGUUCGCAUGUUUUCAGAAUUGGGUUUACUUCAUCGUUUUUUUAAAGAUUAUACGGAGAGCUCACGGUCAAAUCCACAAAAUUUAGGCUUAAUCUUACAGAGUUUUAAGGCUGCUUUAACUGAAGAGUUGAUGCAGUUUCUGGGGUUGAUUGCUUCUUUAGAAUCUCAUAUACGAGCGGAUGAGUUGAACACUGAGAAAGUUGUUACCAUCAGGAAGUGUGCAGUUUGGACCAGUGAUGCGCUUUUACUCUUUCGAGUAUUUUAUUCUUUGAUUCACAGAAAACCAAAUCAAUCAGGUGUAUUGUUAUUAAACGCGAUAUAUCCUUUACGUAUACAUGGUGAUCCUUUCUUACGUGACCUGGGUGAGAAGCUACUGCAGAAAGUUUCUCGACCGUUUUAUGAAAUGGUAGAAUAUUGGGUCUACCGUGGUGAACUGAUUGAUCCACACAAUGAGUUCUUCAUUCGUGAAAAGGCCGAAAAUACGCAUGAUAACGACGUGCAGGGGACGGGUCGAAUUGUAUGGAAAGGCAAAUACUUUGUUGACGACUCGCUGAUUCCUGUAUUUAUUUCACCUAAUCUCGCCAACAAGAUUUUCCUAAUCGGAAAAAGUUUGAACUUUAUCAAGCACGGCUGUGGAGACCAACAGUGGAAUGAGGAGCAUGUCAAAACAUUAUCAAAAAAAUUAAGCUUCUGCGAUUCAAGACUGCUAGAAGCGCAUAUAGACGAAGCUUACGCCAAGUCUAACCGGCAUCUAGUAAAAUUGAUGGAAGACAAAUUUCAUCUAAGCACACACUUGGAAGCAAUAAAAAAAUACAUUUUGCUGGGACAAGGCGAUUUUGUUGUUUUAUUGAUGGAGAGCUUAGGUGAUUCUUUGGACGAGCCUGCCAACACGCUAUUUCGGCAUCAUUUAACUGCCUCUCUUGAGAGCGCAAUUCGGUCAAGCAAUGCUGCUUACGAACCAGAUUUUGUUCUUAAACGUCUUGAUGCUCGAUUACUUGAGCUUUCUCAUGGAGAAAUUGGAUGGGAUGUCUUCACUCUAGAGUAUCGUGUUGAUUCCCCCAUUGAUGUGAUUGUCACACCGUAUUACUCUAGACAAUAUCUUAAAAUUUUCAAUUUUCUUUGGCGCUUAAAACGAAUUGAGUUUGCUUUGUCACAUUCCUGGCGUCGUGGUAUACUCGGAGAACGAAAUGUACUCCGAAAUGUAACCUUGGUGCAAGCGGAAUGGCAUUUUGCGCGUUGUCACAUUGCUGAAAUGAUCCAUUUCGUCUGUCAAUUACAAUGUUACAUUUUAUCUGAGGUAAUAGAAGUGAAUUGGCAAGAACUUUUGGAAAAGCUUCAAAAAUCUUCAGCAACUUUGGAUACCAUUAUUGAGGCACAUCACAACUAUGUGACCAAUAUUACGCAAAAGGGACUACUAGGCAGCGGAUCCUCAUCUAGUUCUAAACCACAAUUUUUGGUCCAAUUGCAUGAGUUACUAAAAAACAUUCUCUCAUUUUUGGCCACUGUUGAUGUGUUAUAUACAUUCUCUGUAUCACUUGCAACAAAAGUUCAAACAGGUGCUACUUAUAAUGAGAAUGAUACACUACAGCACUUGGAGCCAAUACAAUCAGCGUUGAAAGAAAAAGCCUCCUGCUUUCAGACUUUGUUGAAACGCCUUUUACAUGGACUGGCGACACAACCAGAUCUUGAGAUGCGAUUUUUGAGUGUUCGAUUGAACUAUAAUGAGUUUUACUCAUUGCAUAAACGGCGAGCAAAACGUACAAACUCGGGAGCACGGCUUCCUUACUGACAAAAUGUUAUAGAAAUUUCAAGACCUGAGACGAAACGCACAAAAUUACACUGAUCGCGAUUGUUUUGCCUAGUGUUCCCUUAAAAAAGUAUGUUGAUCAUAACUGGCCCCAUUCUGCCUGCACCUUUGAUGAAAAUUAUUCCUUUCUAUCAAGCAAUUGUUUAUACAAGCCAGUAAGCAAUAGAAUAAUAUUGCGCUAAUUUACUAUGUUGGGACUCAUUUAUUAUGUUAAUGAUUAUAAUCUAUGAAACUAAGUUAAUUUUAAGCAGUUGAUAUUGAAUACCGGUACAUAUUGAUGAUGAGAAAAAAAAGAAAAAAGCACCCAAACAGCUCGUUUGCUAAGUGAAACAUUCAUUAUAAAACACGACUAGAAAACCAUUAUUUUCGUUUUUGUUUUUUUCUUUUCGUAUGCUGUGUCAUUCAUUUCGUUCUGUCCUACCCUUACU